UUUGAGAGCCCCACAAUGGCUUCGGUGCCUGCUUUGCCACUGACCCCUGCCAACCCGCCACCCCCGGAGGUGUCCAAUCCCCAAAAGCCAGGAUGAGUUACCAACCAGCUGCAAUAUCUAUACAAGGUGGUGAUGAAGGCUCUGUGGAAACAUCAGUUUGCAUGGCCAUUCUGGCAACCUGCGGAUGCUGUCCAACUGGGUCUGCCAGAUUAUCACAAAAUUAUAAAACAGUCUAUGGACAUGGGUACUAUUAAGAGGAGACUUGAAAACAAUUAUUAUUGGGCCGCCUCAGAGUGUAUGCAAGAUUUUAAUACUAUGUUCACCAACUGUUACAUUUACAACAAGCCCACUGACGAUAUUGUCUUGAUGGCACAAACGCUGGAAAAGAUCUUCCUACAGAAAGUGGCAUCAGUGCCACAAGAGGAACAAGAAUUGGUGGUGACCAUCCCUAAGAACAGCCACAAGAAGGGGGCCAAGUUGGCAGCACCCCAGGGCAGUAUUACCAGUGCCCAUCAGGUGCCUGCUGUCUCUUCUGUAUCACACACAGCCCUGUAUAUUCCACCUCCUGAGAUACCUACCACUGUCCUCAACAUUUCCCACCCAUAGGCCAUUUCUUCUCCUCUUCUCAAGUCCCUGCACUCUGCUGGACCCCCACUCCUUGCUGUUACUGCAGCUCCCCCAGCUCAGCCCCUUGCCAAGAAAAAAGGCGUAAAGCGGAAAGCAGAUACUACUACCCCUACACCUACAGCCAUCCUGGCUCCUGGUUCCCCAGCUAGCCCUCCCGGAAGUCUUGAGCCCAAGGCAGCACGGCUUCCUCCUAUGCGUAGAGAGAGUGGUCGCCCCAUCAAGCCCCCACGCAAAGACUUACCAGACUCUCAGCAACAACAUCAAAGCUCUAAGAAAGGAAAGCUAUCAGAACAGUUAAAACAUUGCAAUGGUAUUUUGAAGGAGUUACUCUCUAAGAAGCACGCUGCCUAUGCCUGGCCUUUCUAUAAACCAGUGGAUGCUUCUGCUCUUGGCCUGCAUGACUACCAUGACAUCAUCAAGCACCCCAUGGACCUAAGCACUGUCAAGCGGAAGUUGGAGAAUCGUGAUUACCGGGAUGCACAGGAGUUUGCUGCUGAUGUGCGACUUACGUUCUCCAACUGCUAUAAGUACAAUCCUCCAGACCACGAUGUUGUGGCCAUGGCACGAAAAUUACAGGAUGUAUUUGAGUUCUGUUAUGCCAAGAUACCAGAUGAACCACUGGAACCAGGGCCUUUACCGGUUUCUACUGCCUUGACCCCUAGUUUGGCCAAAUCAUCUUCAGAGUCCUCCAGUGAGGAAAGUAGCAGUGAAAGCUCCUCUGAGGAAGAGGAGGAGGAAGAUGAAGAGGAUGAGGAGGAAGAAGAGAGUGAAAGUUCAGAUUCAGAAAGGGCCCAUCGAUUGGCAAAAUUGCAGGAACAGCUCUGGGCAGUACAUGAACAACUGGCUGCCCUGUCCCAGGGUCCAAUAUCCAAGUCCAAGUGGAAGAGGGAGAAAAAGGAGAAAAAGAAGAAGCGGAAGGCAGAGAAGCAUCGAGGCCGAGCUGGGAUUGAUGAAGAUGACAAGGGGCCUCGGGCACCCCGCCCCCCUCGACCCAAGAAGUCCAGGAAAACAGGUGGCAGUGGGAGUGGGAGUGCUGCUACAGGCCCUCCUGGCUUUGGACCUUCAGGGGGCAGUGGCACGAAGCUCCCCAAGAAGGCCACAAAGACAGCCCCACCUGCCCUGCCUGUAAGUUAUGAUUCAGAGGAGGAAGAAGAGAGCAGGCCCAUGAGUUAUGAUGAGAAACGACAGUUGAGCCUGGACACCAGCAAAUUACCUGGAGAGAAGCUGGGUCGAGUUGUUCAUAUAAUUCAAGCCAGGGAGCCCUCUUUACGUGAUUCAAAUCCAGAAGAGAUUGAGAUUGAUUUUGAAACGCUCAAGCCAUCCAUGCUUAGAGAGCUUGAACGCUAUGUCCUUUCCUGCCUACAAAGGAAACCACGGAAGCCCUAUACUAUUAAGAAACCUGUGGGAAAAACAAAGGAGGGACUGGCUUUGGAGAAAAAGCGGGAACUAGAAAAGCGGUUACAAAAUGUCAGCAGGCUGCUCAAUUCCACCAAAAACACCCCCAAGAAAGCGAGUGAGAAAACAGAGUCAUCCUCUGCACAGCAAGUAGCAGUGUCACGCCUCAGCGCUUCCAGCUCCAGCUGGGAUUCUAGCUCCUCCUCUUCAUCUUCCUCCUCUUCAGAUACCAGUGACUCAGACUCAGGCUAAGGGGCCAGGCCAGAUGGGGCAGGAAAGGCUCCAGGACCGGACCCUUAGACCACCCUGCCCCACCCCUUCCCCCCUUGCUGUGACACUUCUUCAUCUCACCUCUCCUCCCCCCUCUGUAGGAGAGUUGGCUCUGCAGGGGGCAGGGAUGCAGGGGACAUUUACUGAAGGAGGAACAUGGACAAAAUGAGAUUGAAUUCCCAGCCCCAUUGGGAGUGACCUUGGGCAUAGAGCCCCCAUUCAAAAUGACAGGCGGGUCAGGGGUACAGGGUGGGAGUGUGCAAAGGCCCUGAUCUGGAGUUACCUGCAGCCAUAGCUGCCCUGUUCACUUCUAAGGGCCCUGUUUUGAGGUUGUUUGUUCUAAUUUAUUUUAAGGUAGGUAAGGCUGCGGGGAGGGUGGGGGCCAUGGGUCCCCUCGGCCUCCAUGGGGAGGGAAGACGGGGGAGCUCUUUUUUUACGUUGACUAUUUUUUUCUACUCUGUUUUCCCUUAUUCUUCAGCUCCAUUUGGGGCUCUAGGGGUUUCAGUCAUCUCCCCAUUUGGUCCCCUGGACUGUCUUUGUUGAUUCUAACUUGUAAAUAAAGAAAAUAUUAUUCAA